UGCAUCAUGUCAUGGUAAGAAGCGGGACUCAUCAUGACUGGCUUGAAGGUGAUGGUCUCAGCCAUCUUAAUGCUACACCUGCUCAGAGUGGAAUCUAAAGCAGCUUUUGGUGACCGUAUCAUCAGCCACCUCACCGACACUCAGCCCAGGAGUAGAGGCCCGACUGACUCGCUCCUGGAGAAGAGCCAAGGAUUCCCAGACGCACAAACGGGACCCAAUGGAAGUUCCUCUCAGGUAGAUGAUUCCGUCAAUGACUCCCGUAUCAAGUUAUCUGCUGACGGCAGUGUGUCUCCCGCCUCGGUAGACGAUGCCGUAAGUGGUGGCCAAGCCGGUCUUGACGCUAUAGGUCCUAUGUUAUCACUUACUAAACCAGUGCAGGCAGGAAACAGACCGAGGCCUCUGUACACACGAUAUCAAAAGAGGCAACAGAAAACUAAGCCAAUUGGUCAUGCUCCAGGGGAGACUAGGCGAAACCUGCCGCCUCUGUAUAACAGAAACAGACCCAUAACUGAAAAUUCGUGGGAAAACUCUUCCGUGGAGCAUCAACAUCCGGGCUCAAGGCCCAGCCAUUCUUCAGAUUAUGAUGAAAACGAAGACACAAGUAAUGAGAGAGAGAUUGUUUCUGUUGCAAGUGAUGGAGAUGAUGAUGAUGGUGAUGACUUCAGCGACGGAGUGAUGAAAGCUCAGAGUGUUGCAGGGUUCAACUCAGAGAAGAGCCGCGUCACAGACUCUAUCACCCAGAAUUAUGAAUCAGGACAUCUGUCUGAGGGUCAACCUGGAGAAAUUCAUCAGUGCUCUGGGUCCCUGACGGCAGCAGACUGUGAGCUAAACACAGAUGGAAGUCUGACGCACCACACACUCAACAACCAGGUCAAAAAGCUAUCAAACAGAGAACAGGCUGAAGGGGACCAGUCUCUAACUGUAUACCAAGACUCUGUGAUGAGUAGUGGACAAACAGACUUCGAGAUCAACGACAACAGCGAUACUUCUUAUUCCGCACAACAGAAAGACAGUGAAAAAGGCUCUCUUACUUCCACCACGUCUGGAGAAGUUGAAGCUACCAGAUGGGGCUCAGAAAAUGUAAUACAGAGAAUGCAAACUCUUGUUCGUGCCAGUACAACUCCUCCCGUGACGUCAGUAUCAACCGUGCAUGAUCUCAACAAAGCAGAAAUCGGAAAUUAUCCCGCCACAUACACCGGCAUGAGAGGGAAACGCAAUUACGAAAAUAUAAUUCAGUCAUUACUUUCUCACGGGACUGAUAACUUACUUACUAAUUACAUGAUGAUAAGUGGGGAGCUGAUUAAUGAUGAUACGCAGAAAAAAGAAUCAGACAGCCAUGAACCAUCCACUUUACUCUCUUCAUUAACUAGUGAAAGCUCAGCGUUUGAUAUUACAAGUAAAAUACGAGAUUCCUUCACCAAGGCUCUACGGCGAAGGUUCAAAGAAAAUGGUCACCAAAAACGUACUAGAGAAAACGCAAAUGGUAGGACUCAAGGGGUGACUCUACUAGAUGUGCCACAGCUUCAAGAAUAUUUUAACGUUGCACAAGAUAUAGCAAAGACUUCAACGAUGGAAAAGAGUAAUACAGAUCGACAGGACGUAGCGAGCUCCUCACCCGGGCAGUACCACCACCACCCCCUCCCUCAUUUCUCCACCAAGUCUCACUUACCCAGACAUGAAGACCAUCAACAGCGAGAGGACGUGGGUGUACCAGAGUGGGAGUUGAACCCGGUGUUAAGAGAUUCUAUUCUGGAUUAUGGAAGUAAACGUUUUAGAGGGCAAAAUCUGAACUUGUUUCCUGUAGACAACACAGAAGACUCGCUUGGUCGUGUUGAGGCUCCUACACACGAGGACAAACGUGGAAAGGGUAAACUCUCAAGUGAGGAAGACGAGUCAUUCUUCGAUUCCUUAUUCAGCUUCUUCAACGUUAAGGGAGUCAGUGGUGAGGCUUUUGAGAACUCUGGCCAUGACAAGCACAGUGUUCGAGGCUCGUCUGGCGAACACGGGAGUAACUUGAAGGACGAACAGAGAAACACUGAGGUCACAACAAGCUAUCCAAGUCCAAAAUAUAAUUCACAGACUAAACCAGACCAUAAGUACAGUCCUACCUCCCAGUACCACAACACACCAUUACAGUCUGUUUCUCCUUCACCUCACUUUCAGUCUGAUUCAACAUUUUAUAAUAUACCUCCUUCAGUCUACGGUGAAUCCCUUCCUGAUCCUCUACACAUAACCUCUCAGGGGUCAUUUUUCCCAGACCUGACUCCCCACCAAGAGGAUCAUUUGCCAAGUGUGUCGUUGUCACAGCCUCAGACUUACAUCCCAAAUCGACCACCUCCAUCUGCUGACAUUCCUCCAUCACCAUCAACAAUUUCCUUUCAAUCGUUCACUGAAUCUGACUCAAGAUAUUCCCUAAGUCAUGAUAAAGAAUAUAGCGCAGCAGCCAACACCCGCGACACUCUAUGGGAGUUUGAUAUUAACUCCGAUGAAAGAACGAAUAAUGAUGAUGGCAGUUUCAGGGGAGCUCUUGAGACAGUGAACAAGGAAGUGCCGCUCUAUCUCGAUUAUCAACGAAACCCCAGCGAUAUACUGACACAUAAAGACAGACCAAAUAAAUUGCUUCUUGAGUCAGUGGCUUACCCUCAGUCUUCAGCAACACGUACACCACUGAGGACUGUCUCCUCACUGUCUCCUCCAACACCCACAUCUCAGCCUUCACUUCAACUAACUCUGUCAUCUAUAUUCCCUCCACCUCUUCCUCCAUUCUCUGGUGAGAGUAGACUCCAAGAAUCUCGACCAAGAGGUUUCAUUCGUGCUUCAGUAGCGGAUAACACGCCCGCAGCACCUCCCCACGCCCCGGCUCUCGUUAUACCCCUUCCUGUCACUUCAGAAGGAAAGGUACAAUUCCCGGAACACAUCAACUUACCCAGCGGGAGAAGGAAAGCUCCCCGAAAUCCAGAAAAUGGUGAGACGUAUGUGAAGGUUCAAGACAGUAGACAGAGCAGAGGAUCCCGCAGUUGGAAUAACAACAGAAGACCUCAGUGGAAACACGUGGGCGGGAUUCUCUCUGGCUACCAAGGAAUCGGAAAGCCCCUGAGAGGUGAGGGGAUCAGGCGGCCACAUUCUAAAUUAAGAAAUGGACACACUGUUAUCCCAAGCAUCUGGCCACUGAAUGACCCGUUCUUCUUUCGCCCUCAAGGACCACCGGGUCACUUGAUAAACUCAUGGUCGAUACGACCGAAUCAGCCAUCCAUGAAACACCUACACACUCACCUGAAACCUCCAUCGGCUGUAGUUAACUAUGACGGAGGUUACAAGCAACAAGACGCACCACACCUGCACGACACUGCUGACUCACCUGAGGCUGUUGACGCUGACGCAAAAGGAAAUAAAAAUCAUCGACAGUUGCCUGAGAGUAGCGGGGCGUUCAUAGUUAAUCACUCACGAAACAAUUCCUCAUCACACAGCUUUGAGUACUUUAAUAUUUUACCAAGUAGACGACCUGACCAGACCCAGCACGACGGUAGACCUUCCUUCCUUUCUUCUACUCCUACCAUUUCUCCUCCCUCAACCUCUCGUCCACCACCCCGCUAUGAUUCCUUCGGUAUCCUCCUCUCCCGUCAACCAAUCCCCCAUCACCGACCACACCAACACCCACAACAUAUCACAAACCCAAGAAAAUCUCAUCCAUUUCUGUCAACGAGUGAAAGUUCCCUCACUCAUCCUUCACUCAACACUCUGGCCAAAUCCUCAUCCCAACUUCGAGGUAGCGAUACACUUGGUGGUCGCGUCCAGUCGAGUAAUAGGAUAGAGAGUGACUUCAUUCCCCUGUACGAGGUGUCACAGCCCCUACCCACAGCUCCUACCUCAAGGGAGUCUCGGAUGUCAGAGAGCCAUGCUAAGAUGAUGAAAAAUAUGCGCUAUGGUGUAAAUGGUGUCCCUCUUGACGUGUGGAUCCCCAUCGAGUGAUAAAAUGGACCUAACCUAACCUGAAACAGAGAGAAAUGAGUUGAUAAGGUUGGAUGAUAAAUGUAGGAAGUGAGAGUAAAGUCACGAAACAAUGUAUACACACACACACACACACGCACACACACACACACACACACGGAGCUUCACUAUGUAAAUAAAACACCUGCUUCCAUACGUGUCUUUUUUUUCUCCCAGUUUCUUGAUGUUACCGAGUUUGUUGUUAAAUUAGGUUAGGUUAGAGUACCUAAAGUUACGGUGAAAUACG